AUGUUAGUCGAACGAUCGUACAAAACCUCUUUCCAAUAUGGACGUGAGGGUGUUGAGGAUGCUACCAUUGCGUGUACUAUAUGUCCAUCAAUGGAAAAAAUCCAUAUUCGUUUUCCUCGCUCAGUUGAUGAAAUUAAAAGGUCGAUUUCCACCUACGUUGCUGUGAAUGAAGAGUGCAUAAACCUCUAUGUGCGGGGAUGUGGAUGUUUUACCGAGGUUUCUGAUGAAUCACCGAUUGUUGGUGAGUAUUACGUGUUGCUGCGGUUGCGUGCAGGGAAGGGUGGUUUCCGGAAGCAGCUUGAAAAAAAGGGUAGAGCGUUUGCUAGAUCUAAGAAGCUGCGGAGCUCGACACGACAACAACAAGGAGGCCGAUCGGACAAGAAUCGCGCCCAACCGAUUAAAUUGUCGAAGCCUCAUUCGGACGAUAAGGGUGUUGGUCGAAGAGAGCAGGGGAAUACUGUUGCUUCCGCAGUUGAUAUCAGCAUCAGGGAUGCGGUUUGUUGUGGAGUCAAGCGACUUGUUGAGGGACUAAGUACUUAA